AGGUCAAGGCUCAAGUGAGAGGAUGGUAGAUUCCAGCUUGUUCCUUCGCAUGCCUGCAUGACCGCAGCGGCCGUUAUCGCACAGCGCGUGGCUGAAUUCCGUGAUGAAGCAGAGACGCAGGCGCAGGAGCAGCGUGCUGCAACCGUCAAGGAGAUCUUCGAUCGACUAGACGACAACGGCAGCGGCAGCUUGGACCGUUCGGAGGUGCGGAGUCUUCUGCAGCAGCUCAACAAGGGGGCAGAUCCAACAGAGGAGGAGCUCACCUUUGUAAUGAAGAUGGCAGGCGAGGGCGCUGUACCGCCGCCGGGCGGGCGAGCUGACACACGCAGUUUGGAGAUUGGGAAGGACAACCUCAUGGCGGCCGUAACCUGCUGGAAGGUCUACCAGUCCUCGUUUGCAGGUGAGAAGAGCAUCGGCGUGAUCCUGUUCAAGAAGUUUGACCCCGAGAGCACUGGAUACCUGGAGAAGGACCAGCUCGAGGCCAUGCUUUCCGACUUGAGCGGGGGGCAGGAGGUGACCGAGGAUGACCUGGACUUUGUGUUGGACCAGGCGGACGUGAAUCGAGAUGGCCGCAUCUCCAAAAUGGAGCUGAACCAGGCCAUCGCGGCGUGGUACCAGCGCCAGAACCUCCUGGCCAGCGAGGCGGCUCCGCCCAAGACACGCCGGAGCUCGGUUUGCGUGGUCCUUUGAAACGGCCGGCCACAAGGGCAGGCGAAAUUCCACCGUGGCCUGUCAGCAUGUCACGAACGUGUGCGCGCGUCAAUGGG